AUGCGAGGAUUAUACUCCCUCGGAACUUUGGCCGGUCUCGUUGUAGCUGCUUCGGCUGCCUGCCCAAUGCUGACAGGCGAGCUCCCAGCGGGCAGUGUUGCGAACCCUCAUCACCACGGAAAGCGUGACGACUCCAAGGCUUCCUCUGAAACAGAAACGUUUCUAUCCGAGUUUUACCUCAACGACAAUGAUUCCUUCCUUACCUCCGAUGUAGGCGGUCCAAUUGAGGAUCAACACAGCUUGAAGGCUGGCAUCCGUGGGUCAACACUCUUGGAAGAUUUCAUCUUCCGUCAGAAGAUCCAGCAUUUUGAUCAUGAGCGUAUACCGGAACGCGCCGUGCAUGCUCGAGGUGCAGGCGCUCAUGGUGUAUUCACCUCAUAUGCCGACUGGUCCAACAUCACUGCUGCCUCAUUCUUAGGAGCUGCCGGAAAGGAAACGCCCACUUUUGUUCGCUUCUCGACUGUUGCAGGCAGCCGCGGAAGUGCUGAUACCGCUCGCGACGUUCACGGUUUCGCUACUCGGUUCUAUACUGACGAAGGAAAUUACGACAUCGUUGGAAACAACAUCCCCGUCUUCUUCAUCCAAGAUGCCAUCUUAUUCCCAGAUCUCAUCCAUGCUGUCAAGCCACAGCCAGCCAAUGAAAUCCCACAGGCUGCUACUGCACACGACACUGCAUAUGACUUCUUUGGCCAACAGCCGAGCACCUUGCAUACCCUUUUCUGGGCAAUGUCAGGUCACGGUAUCCCACGGUCUUUCCGUCACGUUGAUGGGUUCGGUGUUCACACCUAUCGGUUUGUGACUGACAAUGGUUCCUCCAAGCUGGUCAAAUUCCACUGGACAUCUCUACAGGGCCGAGCCAGUCUUGUCUGGGAGGAGGCUCAAGCUACUGCCGGCAAGAAUGCCGACUAUAUGAGACAGGAUUUGUACGAUAGUAUCAAAGCUGGCCGUUAUCCGGAGUGGGAGCUCGGUGUGCAAAUUAUCAAUGAGUCGGAUGUUCUAAGCUACGGAUUCGACCUCUUGGAUCCAACCAAGAUUCUUCCAGUCGAAGAAGUUCCAAUCACUCCGCUGGGAAAAAUGCAACUCAACCGUAAUCCUUUGAAUUAUUUUGCCGAGACCGAGCAAGUCAUGUUCCAACCCGGUCACAUUGUUCGUGGUAUCGAUUUCACUGAGGAUCCUCUCCUCCAAGGUCGUCUAUUUUCAUACCUCGACACUCAAUUGAAUCGCAAUGGUGGUCCCAACUUUGAACAAAUUCCGAUCAACCGUCCCCGUGUUCCUAUUCACAAUAAUAACCGCGACGGAUUUGGCCAAAUGUUUAUCCCACUAAACCAAGCAGCAUACUCCCCCAACACCUUAAACAGCGGCUCUCCAAAACAGGCAAACGAAACUGUCGGAAAUGGCUUUUUCACAACCCCGGGGCGUUCGGCAGAUGGACACCUUGUUCGUGCCACUAGCCCAACAUUUGCAGACGUGUGGUCUCAGCCUGGUUUGUUCUAUAAUUCAUUGACAGCCACCGAGCAGCAGUUCGUGAUCAAUGGUUUGCGGUUCGAGUUGUCCAAUGUAGGAAGUGAGGACGUUAAAAGAAACUUCAUUACUCAGGUCAACCGUGUGAACAACACGCUGGCGACGCUUGUGGCUACAGCAAUUGGAGUCCCCGCUCCAAAACCUGAGCCAACAUACUACCACAAGAACAAGACGUCUAAUGUUGGAACAUUUGGUACCCCAUUGAAGAAGCUUGACGGUCUCAGAGUCGCUGUCCUUGCUUCAGUGAACGAUGAACGCAGUAUUGCCGAGGGACAAGCAUUAGCAAAACGUCUGGCAAAUUCUAACGUGGACGUCGUCAUUGUCGCCGAGAAACUUGCGUCAAAUGUGACGGCUACCUACUCCGAGUCAGACGCAACAAACUUUGACGCGGUUAUCGUGACUUCGGGAGCUGAUGGUCUCUUCGGACUUCAGACUUUCACAAGCACAUCUAACAUAACUCUUUACCCCGCAGGCCGUCCUACUCAGAUUAUGGUCGAUGCUUUUCGAUUCGGCAAGCCAGUAGGAGCGGUGGGCAGCGCCAGGUCAGCCUUGUCAGCGGUGGAUAUCAGCACUAAUCGCACUGGUGUGGUUAUUGGCGAUUCCGUCAAUGACGACUUUGUCAACCAGCUAACGAAGGACCUAGCAACAUUCAAGUUCCUGGAUCGCUUUGCUGUGGAUAAAUAG